AUGAAAGGGUCUCCAUUUAUCUUCUGCAACAUUAAAUCCAGCUUGUACAUAAUAUCUCCAACGUCUUCUUCUUCUUCAUUAAUCUCUUUCCCUCUCAUCCACAAAUUUAAUUCCCCCCUUCCUAAUUAUAUAUCCUUCUACAAUCUUCCCACCUACAAAUCAACCAUUACUGCAUAUUCAUUUUCAUUUUCUCGAAAAAACACUCAAACUACAAGCAACAAUAUUAGGAGAGAGAUUCAUUAUUCUUCAAACCUCCAUUCUUUUCUUCAAUUCCAUUCUUUAGAGGUUAAAUCUAAGAUGAUGAUGGUGGUAAUUGACCAAUACAUUGUUGGAAUUUUUGUAAUCUCUCUCCUAGGGUUUAUUCUUCUUUUCUCUCUCUUCCGUGACGUUAAAUCUAAGAGCAAGAAAAAGGAUCGUCGGAGUGUUGUCGGAGAUUUAUCGGAAGUUGAUCGGAGCUGCGAUGAAGGACGUCAUAAUUCCGGUGAACCUGACGUCAUUGUCGUCGGUGCUGGCGUUGCUGGCGCUGCUCUUGCUUACACCCUUGCCAAGGAUGGUCGACGUGUUCAUGUUAUUGAAAGAGACUUAAGUGAACCUGACAGAAUUGUUGGUGAGCUACUACAACCAGGAGGAUACUUGAAAUUGAUUGAAUUGGGACUUGAGGACUGUGUUGGAAAUAUUGAUGCUCAAAGGGUGAUCGGCUAUGGUAUUUUUAAAGAAGGGAAGCACAUUAAACUGUCCUAUCCCUUGGAACAGUUCCAUUCAGAUGUGGCUGGGAGGAGCUUUCACAAUGGACGUUUCAUACAAAGGAUGAGAGAAAAAGCUGCUUCUCUUCCCAAUGUGCGGUUGGAGCAGGGAACAGUUACAUCGUUGGUUGAGGAAAAUGGAACAGUUAAGGGGGUUCACUACAAGACUAAGAAUGGUGAAGAGUUGAAGACCUAUGCACCUCUUACCAUCGUCUGUGAUGGUUGCUUCUCAAAUCUGAGACGUUCUCUGUGUUCACCAAAGGUUGAUGUGCCGUCACAUUUUGUGGGAUUGGUGCUUGAGAACUGCCAUUUGCCAUUAGUAAAUCACGGGCAUGUUAUAUUGGCAGAUCCCUCACCUAUCUUAUUUUACCCAAUCAGCAGUACAGAAGUCCGUUGUUUGGUUGAUGUACCAGCUGGUGAUAAGUUGCCUUCUAUUGCGAAUGGGGAAAUGGCCAAGUAUCUGAAGACAGUGGUGGCUCCUCAGGUUCCUCCUGAAAUUAGAGAUGCAUUUGUAGCAGCAGUUGACAAGGGGAACAUAAGAACAAUGCCUAACAGAAGCAUGCCAGCUUCUCCUCAGCCUACUCCUGGUGCUUUACUAAUGGGUGAUGCUUUCAACAUGCGGCAUCCUUUAACUGGAGGUGGGAUGACAGUGGCAUUGUCAGAUAUUGUUGUGCUCCGAGAUCUUCUCAGGCCUUUGCAGGACCUAAAUGAUGCCGCUUUGUUGUGCAGAUAUUUGGAGUGUUUUUACACCUUGCGCAAGCCUGUGGCAUCCACAAUCAACACUUUGGCUGGUGCCCUCUACAAGGUGUUUUGUGCUUCACCUGACGAAGCUCGUAAUGAAAUGCGUGAGGCAUGCUUUGACUAUUUGAGUCUUGGGGGAGUUUUUUCAAAUGGCCCAAUUGCUUUACUCUCUGGUCUAAAUCCUCGGCCAUUGAGCUUAGUUGCUCACUUCUUUGCUGUGGCUGUAUAUGGUGUUGGCCGCUUGUUGCUACCUUUUCCUUCAGUAAAGCGCCUUUGGCUUGGCAUGAGAUUAUUAUCGGGUGCAGCUGGGAUCAUCUUCCCGAUAAUGAAGGCAGAGGGACUGAGGCAAAUGUUAUUCCCUGCAACUGUCCCAGCAUAUUAUAGGCGUCUUCAUGUAAAAUGAUAUCUUAUAAACAAUGAAGAAGACAAGUCACACACCCGUAAUUGCUAACUAGUAUGCUGCUGCUGAAUAUACCAGUCUGUGUCAAAGUUAAUGGGGCUUUUGCUCACUGCUGCUACAGGGAGCAAACAAGUCUAUCAUCUAUUUCCAUCACAUAUAAGGUUGAUAUGUAUUGAACUACACCCUAUUGAAGUUUGAACAUAAUUCAUUCAUGAAUAUCAAGAUCAUAUGUGUAUGUUUCUUAUAUAGUCGAAACAUAUGUAUUUAUUUCAAAUUAGUUAUAUUUAGUGUUGAGUCAAUAA